AGAUACCGGUGAUUGCGUGCGCUUUGCACUAUCCGAUAUUGGUUACUUGUACUGCGCAGUUCGUGCUGAGUGUCUACUCAAUAGUGAAUACGGGCGAAAAAGUAGAAUAUAGGCUAUUGCAUCAGUUGAUCAGUUUUAUAUGUAAACCUCCUUUGGAUAUAUCUCUUGAAGAAAAGGAUGACGAAGGACGAGACAAGAGUGGAGAAUGGCGGAUUAUUGUCGCUUACGCAACUGGCGUGUAUGGAGGCGGAUGGACAGUUGGCAUUCAGGAAAUUCUUUUCAAUUCAACAUCGAUCACCUCGACGACUCAUUGUUCCCCGCAAAUAUCUUCUUCCGUAUUCUCUUUUGCUCCGAUAACCACCAUUUCCUACAAAUCUUCUCACCUAAUUACAGCACACUCUGACAAUACUAUUCAACUAUUUCAUGUCAUGAAUUCUGAUAAUAUAUUACAGUGCACGCACACCCAAACGUUAUAUGGACAUACGGGUAGUGUACAAGCUGUUGCGAUUGAUGAAUACGGGAAAUUAAUAAGCGGAGCAAUGGAUCAGAGUAUCAAAAUAUGGGAUCUUGGGAUCAGAGAGAAGGCAGAAGAAGAUAUGGAAGAAAAAAAAGGGUGGGGAGAACAAGAGUAUAAAGAGAAGGAAAAAAGAAACGUAGUGGAAGCAGUCAUGAUAAUGAUUCUGAAUACUCACUUGAGGAUCGUUAACCAAUCGAUGCCAAUGCGACGCUACUCUUGCGCAAGCGCUCAAAUCCUUUGCAUCCAAGUACUGAAAUACAUGCAAGUUUAA